AUGUCUGCAGAUCUUGUCCCCGAGACAAGGGUCCUUGCCGUUGCCAGCCAUGUCGUCUAUGGCCAUGUCGGCAACAAAAUGGCGACUCUUGUUAUGCAAUCCAUGGGCUGUGAUGUCGCUGCCCUGAACACUGUCCAUUUUAGCAAUCACACCGGCUACCGCCAGUUCAAAGGCACAAGGGCCACCGCUGAGGAAAUAACCAACCUCUAUGAGGGUCUCUGCCAGAACAACCUCACUGACUUCGACGUAAUGCUCUCCGGGUACGCUCCCAGCGCCGCAGCUGUUGAGGCUGUCGGGGCAAUCGGCCAGGAUCUCCAGCGCAAAGCGGCUGACCGGCCGGGGUCAUUCUUCUGGGUCCUCGACCCAGUCAUGGGUGACCAGGGCCGUCUAUAUGUUAACGACGACGUAGUCCCAGCAUAUAAGAACACCAUCCAACACGCGGACCUGAUUCUCCCCAAUCAAUUCGAGGCCGAGGUCCUCUCUGGCAUCAAGAUAACAUCUCUCUCAACCCUAGCAGAGGCAAUAACCACCAUACACUCAAAAUACUCCGUCCCACACGUUAUAAUCACCUCGGUGCAGCUCUCCAAACUCACCACCCCAGCAACACUCCCCACCCCGACCCCAUCCACAGCAACAUGCAGCAACACAAACCAAAACCUACUUACAGUAAUCGGCUCAACAACCCUCUCCACCGGCGAACCCCGCCUCUUCCGCAUCGACGUGCCAGCUCUCGACUGCUUCUUCAGCGGAACAGGUGACAUGUUCGCGGCACUGACUGUCGCGCGGCUACGCGAAGCCGUCUUCAACGAUUACGAUGCCGGGCUGCGGGAUACAAAAUCAUGGGUUUCAAAGGACGAUGUGCGCGCGACGGAGUUGCCGCUUGCAAAGGCUACGGAGAAGGUCCUUGCUAGUAUGCAUGAUGUUCUUGAGAGGACGAUUGAGGCGCGUGAUGCGCAGCUGAAAGCGACGGCGGGGGAGGCGGGUGUUGGGACGGAGGAGACAGAGGUCAAGAAGGAACAUCUGAGGCGGACCAAGGCGGCGGAAGUCAGGCUGGUGAGGAAUGUGAGGCUUUUGAGGGAGCCGACUGUCGAGUUUAAGGCUGUCGAGUGGGUGGAAUGA